AUGGCUCACGUGUGGGCUACCUCUGAUAACAAGAAGUUCGAAGAUUUAGCUAGAUGGAAUGUUAAUGUGAGUUUUCUAGCAAAGUCAUCUUCCACAAUGUCAUCUGAAGGUCAAACGGGAAGUAUUACUGAAACUACCUUUCCUCAGACAGGUGAUGAUGAAAAAGCGGGAUCUCUGAGGACAUCUGGCGGGAAAGAAAAAUGCCAAGCCAAAGCUUCGAAAAGAAAACUACUGAAGACGUUGAGUCGCAAAGGUACAAAAAGUUUGCAGGACUUGAUCAAGUGUUCCAUCUGCCUGGAUCGACUGUAUAUCCCUAAGAUGCUACCUUGUCAGCAUACUUUCUGCCUUCUCUGUAUUCAGAACUGUAUUGUUGGUUCUGGUGACGCCGCUAAAAUACGCUGUGCACAGUGUCGAUCAGAGAACUCUCUGCCAAAAGAGGGAGUUUCUGUCCUUCCAGGAAACAUCUAUCUACAGUCCAUACUGGACCUACUCGAGACAGACUACGCUACAGUUGAUGACUUCGUUCAAUGCUCAAACUGUCAGACCAUCUGUUACGCUAAUGUCUGUGAACAUUGCAAUAACAGUUUUUGUCCAGUAUGUCAAGAGCGCCAUCUGGACGAAUUAAAGAAACAAUUGAGCCAAAUUGCUGAUCAACUAGAGAUGAUGACAGAUAAACUUGAGAAGCGUAUGGGAUUUUUUCAGGAUUAUUGCAUGAAAUUAAAAGAAGAGAUCCACGAGGCAGCAGUGAAGCACGUGAAGAAAAUUGUUGACACUGAGACGCACUUGCUGCAGAAUGUGGAUCAGAUUAUGAGCAAUGAAGAUGUUAUCUGGAAAGAGUCGGUGAAAAAUCUGGAUAAAACAGUUCAACAGAUUCGUGACUCUGUGAAUAAAGAUUUUAACGAAGCCAGCGAUUCAGCAGAAAAGAAAGAAUAUAUUUUGAACUUUGAAAGAGAUACUGUGGAACCUAGUAUUGUUGGUGGUACACAUGUACCACUAUUACGAAUUGUUCAAGUUAAAGGUCAUGAUGGAGACAUGAUCACUGAAAUAUUUACAGAUCCUCAUUACAGACCCAUUUCUAAACAGUUUUCAGGUUAUUGA